AUGCAUCUCCUCGUGUUGGGGGCUACAGGCCCCUCAGGCAUCGCCUUCGUAACAGAAGCACUCCAAGCCGGCCACGAACUCACAAUCUACGCCCGCAAUCCCUCCAAACUGCCCCAAGAUGUCUCCAGCAACAGCAAUGUUAAAAUCAUCAAAGGCACCUUCGACGACAUGGACUCCACCCGCGAAGCCAUUCGUACUGGCGCCACAGUCCUAGUCUCUUUCGCAGGACCAGGUGUACCGAAUAAAGGAACGCCCGUAACCGAAUUCUACGAGAAACUCUUCCCCAUGAUCCUCCCCGACCCAGAAACGAAAAUCAAACGGACCCUCUGCUGCACGACACCCUCCUACAAGAUCCCCGACGACAAGCCUUCGUGGAAGUGGUGGUUCUGUGUCCUAGCGAUCUGGUUGAUUGGAGGAAGUGCUUACGAUGAGGUGAAUGGGAUCGGGCGUGUGGUUUCUGCAUUGCCAUUGAGUGAGAUUGAGUGGACAUUGUUUAGGGUCCCGGCUUUGACGAAUAGCGAGGCCAAACCUGUGCGUGCUGGAAAUGUUGGUGAGGGGAAAGACGGUAUCAUCCUGAGCCGCAAGAGUAUCGCGGUGUGGGUUCUGCAGGAGUUGCAGGAGAAGAAAUGGGUAGGCAAGGCGCCUGCGCUAUGCAAUCCUGGCUGGAUAUGA